UUGUUUGAAGUGGGCUUUAUACGACGAUCAUUUAUUAGCAUUAUGCUCGAAUAGGUAGACUGUUGCGUUUCUUAUUGACAUAGGCCUAUCAAACGCCAAUAAUUUAACCUUAGAAAUUGCGUUGGACUCGAUCACGUGUCUAAAGUAAAAUGAUUGGUGAAUUAACCAGAGCUGCGCAGGAGAGCAUCAAACACUAGCCUACGCGUUGGAAAUAUCGGCCUUGGUUUAAACUCGGACGGGCAUUGGAUGUAGACUAUAGCUGAACGUAUAACUUCUGAUAGGCAGUCAUAUCAUAUUCAACAUGGGUAGUCAGGGUUUUGGUUACUCAUCUCGUGAGUCUGAUUGCAAUCAAUCCACUGGCGUUUCCACCACACCUGAAAGAGCCAGGUUCAGGCCAAAUGCUCUCUGUGUUGUACCAUGCACAGUUUCCCAACUCCAAUCUGCCACUGAAAUCCAGAGUGGUUUUUCAGUUGGAGAGAUUGAAAUUAAUAUGGUGUCUCUAGUGGGGAUUGUGCAGAGAGUUUCGUCCUCCAUGUCAUCCAUGCUGUAUUUGUUGGAUGACAUGACAGGACCAUCCAUAGAUGCACGGUUCUGGCUUGACAGUGAGGAAGAAGGUGUGGAGAAUUCUGUAGUCCCCCCUGGCACUUACGUCAAAAUCAUCGGCAGGCUCCGUUCAUUUGAGAACCAUAGGUCGCUGGUUGGUCUUCACCUCCGUAGACUGCAGGACCUGAAUGAAAUCACCUCCCACAUCCUAGAGGUGACCCAGGCCCACAUGGCUUACGGAAACCCUCCACUGCGUAAGACAAACAAUGCAUCGAUAGGUUCUAAUGGAACAGAAAAGCACCAAAGUUUUAAGAAUGUGGAAGGGUUCAGCCCUGCCCAGAAUGAGGUCUUCAAGUUGAUAAAGAGCUAUCCAGACCCGUCAGGAAUAAGUCUCAAGAUUCUGAAAGACUGUGUUACACCACAGUAUUUGUUCAAUAUCAAGAACUGUUUGCAGUUUCUCUCAAAUGAAGGUCACAUCUACACCACCGUUGAUGACGAUCACUUUAAGGCAGUUGACUGAUGUGCGGUCACCAGUCUUAUGGAAAUAGCCAUGACAUAGCUAAAGAUAGGCCAAGGCCAAAGUAGGCCUAGUGUGUGUUUAUAGGCCAGGUGGAAGGCCCUUUCAUCAUGUAAAAGUACAUGAUUUGAUUCAAGGACUUGAUUUGUGCUGCAUGUUCCGUAGGGGCACAUGAUAUAAUUUAUAUUUUCAACAUAUUAAAAUUAUGGAAACCUCAGUUCCAAAAGAGGAUGUAGGCCUAUAAGGUCAUUGGUAUUUCAUUUUUGCAUUCUUUGGA